AUGUAUAAGUGGCCUGCAAACAAGAACGACAACUUGGAUUUUGAAGAAGUCAAUAAGAAAAACGAAAAGCAGCAUUCAAGAAGUCCUUCUGUAAAGCUGAUAAAGGUUGGUGGACGAUUAGAAUUGGCUGAUCUUGCAAAAGAACGUAAACAUCCUAUCCUGCUGCCUAACAAAUCUGAAUUCGUCAUACGUUAUGUUCGUUACCUGCAUCGUAAGAAUUAUCAUGCUGGACCUAAGGCACUAGUGGCACUCAUUCGUUUAGAGUUUUGGAUUAUAAACGCCAGAAAGGUUGCUCGAAGAGUAGUCAGACAAUGUGUUCACUGCGUGCAUUAUAAGCCAAAACUAUUGCAACAGAUGAUGGGCAAUUUACCGGUAGAACGUCUCACACCGUCACGGCCGUUUGCGCGCUGUGGUAUAGAUUUUUGUGGACCAUUCAACACGUAUUUACGUAUAAGAGGGAAGCCUCCAUACAAAACUUAUAUCGCCAUUUUUAUUUGUAUGGCAACAAAAGCAGUACACAUCGAAGUUGUAUCAAGUUUGUCAACAGACGCGUUCAUUGCAGCAUUAAAAAGAAUGAUUGGCAGGAGAGGCUUACCAAGUGAUAUAUUUUGCGAUAACGCAACCAAUUUUGUUGGGGCUUCGAAUCUAUUGACAGAACUAAAGUCAUUCUUGUUUAAUAAAAUAACCCAAUCGUCUAUCAUUCAGUACUGCGCGUCUGAAUUCAUUAAUUUUCACUUUAUUCCGCCCAGGGCACCUCAUUUUGGCGGUCUUUGGGAGGCUGCAGUUAAAUCCGCAAAAGGGCACUUAGAUAGAAGUUUGAUGACUACUAAGUUAACAUUUGAGGAGCUGUCAACAGUAACAACUGAGAUAGAAGCUAUUCUCAACUCUCGACCAUUGACACCACUUUCGCCGGAUCCUAGCGACUACAAAGCAUUGACUCCUGCCCAUUUUUUGAUUGGAUGCUCUCUAAAGGCGUUACCGGAGCGAACGGAAUUUGCUAAUACUAACAUGCUCGACAAGUGGUCACUCAUCAUCGGUUUGAAACAAUCAUUUUUGAAGCGGUGGUCUCAUGAAUACAUAAAUGAGCUAUAG